UCCUUUGAGCUCCCACAAUUUUUUUUCAUUCUCUUUCCUACUCUGCAUAUUCUUGUUUUUUUAUACCUCCACCCACACCUUCUCUCUUUUUCAGUCUUACCAUUAUUUAUACACACCAUACUUCUUUACCUCUCUCUCUCUCCAUUGAUUGCAAUUCUCUGAACCUAGGGGAUCCAAUUCCAGAGCAGCCACAUGAAGAAGUUUAUAUUGAAGUUGGAAUUAAAUGAUGAUAAAGACAAGAGGAAGGCUAUGAAGAUUGUUGCAGCUCUUUCAGGGAUUGAUUCAAUCACCAUAAACAUGAAAGAAAAAAGCAUGAUAUUAAUUGGAACCGUCGAUCCAAUAAGUGCUGUAAGCAAGCUUCGAAAACUUUGGCCUACGUUUUUAGUCUCUGUGGGUCCAGCUAAAGAGCCCGAAAAGAAGGAGCCCAAAAAAGAGGAGCCAAAGAAAGAGGAGCCGAAGAAAGAAGAAGAAAAGAAAGAGGAGCCGAAGAAAGAAGGAGAAGAAGAGAAGAAAGAAGAGCCGAAGAAAGAGGAAAACAAAGAAGAGCCCAAGAAAGGCGAGCCUAAAAAGGAAGAUGACAAGAAAGAAGAAGCCCCGAAGGAAGAACCAAAGAAAGAAGAAGAAGCCCCAAAGGAAGAAAAGAAAAGAGUUCCACAAGAGCAAUUUGUUGGAACGAUUAUGCCCUAUAGACCAUAUUACCCUCCAAUGCAUACCUACUAUAACUACCAACCACCACAUCACCAUAGCAUUGAGGAGAACCCUAAUGCAUGUGUUAUUUGUUGAAACAAGUUGAGUAUUUUCUCCAAAUCUUUUAAGAGGUUGUCUAUAUGUAUUAUCUUGAUGCAAAUUUAAAGCAAAGAUAACCCACAUAAGUGAGAAGGCAUUUAUGUACAAAAGUGAUAUGCUUUAAUUGGGUUUUGAUAAGGUUGUAGAAGACGAUAAUAAGAGAACUUUGUGUAUUUUCAUAAUUGUAUGAUGUAAAUACAUAAUUCUAAAUA